AAAUAGUAGACCAAAUGACAUAUUGGGCAUCAGUUUUAGUCCAUGUGCUCAUAAUACAGUGUUUAUUCAAACAUAUUAAAUAUGAAAAUAUCGACGGCAAAUAUUAAAAAUCCAGCUUAUGUGGAAAAUCACGAAAUUUUCGUCGGCACACAUACUGGAUCCAUAAAACGUAUUGGUUUGACUGAUGAAAAUCCACACAAACAAACUAAUUUGGAAGAAAUCCAGUCUCUAACAAAAACAAGCCGAAUUACAGCGUUAAAUUUUGGAGAUGAUGUGGAUGAAAUAUUAAUUGGUCGCGUAGAACCUGUAGUAAAAUUAUAUGAGCCAAAAUUACACGCUUUUACCGCCAACCAUACAUUUGAGCAUGGUCCAAUUGUUGGAAUCGCAAAAUUUAAUGGUAAAAUCAUUGCCGGGUUGGGCAAUGGUAAAAUUCAAAUUCAAGGUUCAAAAGCGACCUUCUUAGAAACAGGCGAUGCAAUGUCCCGAAUGAGACAAUGCGAUGUGAGUCGGAAAUUAAUUGCUACUGGCGGAAAAGAACGACAAAAUAAUUUGAAAGUAUGGAAUUUAGAAUCGAAUCAAUGUAUUUUCAAAACGAAAAAUGUGCCCAACGAUUUUUUGCAAUUGGAAGUUCCGAUAUGGGACACCGAUUUUGGAUUCAUGGAUGCCAAUUGCUUGUCAACUUGUUCACGGUAUGGAUACAUACGAUAUUACGACAUGAGAGAACAACGCCGUCCACUUUUUAACUAUACAAACGAUAAAGAACAAAUCAGCUACACUUGUCUAGCACUACAUGGUGAUGUUGUAUUUGCCGGAACAACAACAGGUGUAAUGCAUGCAUUUGAUACACGUAAAAUGAAACAUGUGUUGCAUACAUACAAAGGAUUUGCUGGUAGUAUCAGUGAUAUUGGAGUAGAUAGCAGCGGAAAAUUCGUUUACAGUGCUUCGCUUGACCGAUUUGUGCGAGUUCAUCAUGCUGAAUCAACUGUUUUACAGUAUCAAUGUUAUGUCAAAUCGAAAGCCACUAGAAUGUUACUGAAAAACUACACUCCGGUCAAAGUAAAGGACGAAAGUGAGAAUUCUGAUGAAAAAAAUAUGUCAAAAGUGCAGGCCACCAGUAGUGACGACAACAAUGACGACGAAGAGAAGGAAUUUGAUGAAAUCUUUAAAAGCAUGCCAACUGUUGUUGACGGAGAAGAGUCAAAUAGCAAACAAAAGAAACGUAAAUCUACUGGUAAAUCGACUGGACGUAUAAAUCCAUUCAACACAUUAAUGAAGAAAAAGAAAAAAUUGUAAAAUUUCUUUUACUUUAACUAAUUUAGUUAAAUUCAUUGAAAAUCCUAUAUUGAUUAAAUAUAAAUAUCUUAACCAA